CGCACCGUGGCAACACAACAGCUGACGGUGUUGCAGCAGACACACAGCAGCACGAUGCGGCUGACCCGGUAGGUGAGAUGAGGCUUCGUGGCCGUAAAGAACCGUUUGUGUCUGCACCACCAGCAUCAGUCGUGCUUUGUAAAGGCGCUUUGUGCAUCGCUAAUCCGCUCUGAUGUCACGGUGCAGAAGGAGGGGCUGAGCACUCCGCUUUAAUCCGAGCAAGUAGUCUGGAGGGACAAACCGAGUCGAGCCAGGCACGAGAUAUACAGGGGCGAUGUGUACUGCAGCAGCCGGACACGGGCCUCUCCUCCUCUGACAUGCAGGCUGUGCUAUGAGCGGGGUUUUCUUGGAGACAAGCGGAGCAUGUUCUGAAAAUUGGAGUCGGAUCACACCCCAGCCAUGAGCCACAAGUAUCAGGGAGAGGCAUCCAGGGAAGCAGGCGAGGAGCACAAGGGGCCUCCGAGGAGCAGGCAGCCCAACGGGACGUCACCAGGGGAACCUCCUGUACGUCGGUCCUGGAGGCCAUGUCAGAUGGGCAACCAGGAUGGGGAACUGAAUCCCCAUCAUCAUCACCAUCAUCACCAGCCUCCUCACCAACACCACCUACCCACAAGUCGUGGACCCCCUCGGCAUCGCCGGCGGCUUCCAUCAGGGCAGGGCCAAAGCCAGGCUCAGAGUCCCGGUCUGGUGCCGGUGGUGGCUGCUUCUAGGCCAGACGGAGACGGGAGUCGAGACACUGAGCCUCUUCCUGUUCAGCAACCCCGCCCCGCUGUCACCCGUUACCGCCGUCAUGGAGACCCAAACCCCAGGCUCAGAGGUCACAAACAAAGGCAACCUAUCGGAGAGACGCAGGACUCUUCACCUGGUGUGGAUGAGCGGCAGGGUACAGCAGAGGUGCAGGUACAGCAACGCACAUCAGAUAAUCCCGUAACCGACCAAUUGCAGGACAGGGGAUCUCCUCAACAGAGUCCUGUUGCAGUUGUCACCCCCACCCAACUCUCACCUGGUCCUGCAACCCAUAAAAUGCAACAUCAACCCCAACACACUCCUCCUGCUAUGGCAGAAGAGGACCUCCAGGAGCCUAAAGUGGAGUGUGAAGGGGAAUUGGAGGAAGCUAAGGAGAAGUAUGAAGAUCAAGAACAGGCGGAGGAUGAUGGAGACCACCGCUCAACCACAGGUUGCAGCCAUAACGACUUGCAGACAGUCGAUGACGGAGCAGAGGAACGUGCAGAGAGGGUGGAGGAGGUUCAGGAAGAAGUGAUGGAUGAUGUAGCGGAGGACAUUGCAGCUCAGGGAAGUGAAAUCACUGAUCUCUGUUCCGACACGGAGAGCGCUGCCUCACUCAGUAUGGACGGACCUCUCCACAGCCCGCCGCCACUCCAGUCACCAACUCCUCCUUCGUCCCCAGAUGUUCCACCUUUUCCUCAGCUGGACCACUUCAGUGAGGACACCAGUAUGAGCCCUCUACCCGACAAUGACCUGCUACCGGAAGAUGAAGAUGAGGAUUGCUCCGAAUCGUGCUCGCUGUCUCACUUCACUUCCUGCUCUGACUCUUAUCCUAAAACCUAUGCAGACUUUUAUACAGAGUCCCACCAAAAAUCUUACUCGGAGCUAAAAUCCCAUCCCAACUCUUUUCCUGAGCCCCUUAAGACCUCCUACCCUGAGUUGCACAGAGAACCUCGCAGGCAAUCUGGUUGGAGGACUGAGUCUAAUAAGGUCCAGCAGGAGUCCCGCCAAGAGCCCUUUACCAGCCAUAGACAGGAGAAUGUACAAAAAGGGGCUCCAUCCUCCCCAUCCACCAAGGCUCCCCUUUAUGCCCCAAAGCAGGGCAGAGACCGCAACUCCCAUCACUCCCCUCUUUACCGCUCUGUUGGCUGCCGGCUGCACCACUACGACGGACAGUCUGACUGUGAGGGGGAAAGCGCCGAUCAAAGUCCCGUUCCCAAAAGUCGCAGGCAGCCAGCUAGACAAGCAGAAACCCAGGCCAAGAGCCCCUCGUCUGGGCAGAGCAGCUCAGGAGAGGCCCAGGAGGAGCGGAAUGUGGAAGGUCUCCAAGAUGAAUACGGUACGAGGGGCUCAGGAGACGCCAUCAUCCUGGCAAUUAAAGACAUCAAGGAGGCGAUUGAGGAGGUGAAGAUUAAGACUGUGCGCUCCCCCUACACACCUGACAAGCCUGUGGAGCCGAUUUGGGUGAUGAGGCAGGAGGUGAGCCCCACAGAGGAGGUAUACCCACUGCAGACUACAGCUGGCCAUUCUUCUCCUCACUCCCCCGCUCAGUCUGAGUCUCCGUCCCGCUAUGCAUCAGUUCCAGUUCGCGAGCCGGUCAGUCCGCCGAGAGCUGAGCCAACCAGAGCACAUCAUCCUCAGCAUUAUCACCAACCCCAGCCCCAACACAACCAUCACCACCACCAGGGCCACCAUUCACAGCAGAGGGACACCGCGAGGGCACUGCAUGCAUACGCACAGCCGCAACCCCUAGCGCCUAAUCAGCAUCACCAACGCCAACAUCAACAACAGAAUCAGCAACAACAGCAACAGCAGCUUCUAGCUCAGCGGCCGCGACCUCAAGUUCAGCCACAGUCUCCUCCACAGCAGCCGACUCUCCAGGAGCUUCGCAGAGCUCUUCCUCCAUUUCCAACAUUUGUGGAUGUACCGGGACCAUGCGACCCUGAAGACCUUAUUGACGGCAUCAUCUUUGCAGCGACCUACCUGGGCUGCACCCACCUGCUGUCAGAAAGGACACCCACAAAGAGCGCCCGCAUGCAGCAGGCACAGGAGGCCAUGAGCAGAGUCCGGGCUGCUCAGAAGCAGGCAAAGAACAGGAAGAAGAGCCCUGACGGGGAGGCUCCGGCCACUGCUGAGGUUGAUCUGUUUAUGUCCACGCAGAGGAUCAAAGUCCUCAAUGCAGACACUCAGGAGUCUUUAAUGGACCUGCCACUAAGGACGAUCUCCUACAUAGCGGACAUCGGUAACAUGGUGGUGCUGAUGGCCCGAGGGAAGAUGGUGCGCUCCCGCAGCGCACAGGAAAACUUGGACCACACAGCUGAGCAAACCACCAUGACCCCCGAUGACAGACGGCUGUACAGGAUGAUCUGCCAUGUCUUCGCGUCAGAGGAUGCUCAGCUCAUAGCUCAGUCCAUUGGCCAGUCGUUCAGCGUCGCCUACCAGGAGUUCCUCAGGGCCAACGGAAUCGACCCAGAGGACCUGAGCCAGAGGGAGUACAGCGACCUGCUCAACACUCAGGACAUGUACAACGACGACCUCAUCCACUUCUCCAAGUCAGAGAACUGCAAAGAUGUUUACAUUGAGAAGCAGAAAGGAGAGAUCCUGGCCGUGGUGAUCGUGGAGUCGGGCUGGGGGUCCAUCCUCCCCACCGUCAUCAUCGCCAGCAUGAUGCAUGCUGGGCCGGCAGAGAAGUCUGGUCGACUCAACAUUGGAGACCAGAUCAUGACCAUCAAUGGGACGAGUCUGGUGGGUUUACCGCUAGGCACCUGCCAGAGCAUCAUCAAGGGUCUCAAGUCUCAGUCCAGGAUCAAGCUGAACAUCGUCAGGUGUCCUCCUGUCACCAUGGUGCUCAUCCGCAGGCCGGACCUCAGAUACCAGCUGGGCUUCAGCGUCCAGAAUGGCAUCAUCUGCAGCCUGAUGAGAGGAGGCAUCGCGGAGAGAGGAGGCGUCCGUGUGGGUCACCGCAUCAUCGAGAUCAACAGCCAGAGCGUGGUGGCGACGCCUCACGAGAAGAUCGUUCAGAUUCUGUCAAACGCCAUGGGAGAGAUCCACAUGAAGACGAUGCCUGCAGCCAUGUACCGUCUGCUGACAGCACAGGAGCAACCCGUCUACAUCUGAACAAACCUGUCUCUCACAUCACCUCACUCUUUACUACCGUCCAUCCCUCUCUGUUUGAAAUACCCGUCUCCUCUCUGUGUCCCGUUUGAUUUCACUUGACUUGCCUUACACUGUCAUGUAAAUCUACAGUAUGACAGCAGAAGACAGAUUAUCUCACCAGGCCGAGUGUUAAUGUGACGUGUUAUGUUUGACCAAAGAGAAGUAGUGGAUUUUAUUGUGUAUAAUUUAGGUGGCAAGCCGAGUAAACAAUAGCUGUAACAUCUGAAUGUACUCUAAAUCAUGUCGGACCUAUAACUGAUCAGGGCAACCCAGAUGAUAAAUAAGAUUUAAAGUGAAGUAGUCGAGUCAAAGGGGAAUGCAUGUACAACUACUGAAUAAACUAAAGACAAGGCGGUGUCAAUAAACUGGUUUCAUUCAACAGGAUUUGAACUGAAGGCUGUUAUUUCAGACAAAUGAAUGAAGUUCAAGUGGGACAAGAAAAGACUGCAUCGAGGUAGCAAGAAACAGCUAUGAAGGGUCAUGCAGUGAUUGGCCAGGUGUGCAGUGGUGAGAAUGUAGGCGGGAUUUGAACAAUAACUGCUUUUCACCCAACCUUGGUGUGUGUGUGUCGAUUUAGGACAGGUAUAAACACUGUGGCCUUAACGCGUGAUCGGACGACACUUUGUACAAAGUUUGAUGAAGUUGACCCAAAUAAAACAUGACAAACCUGACGCUUACAAAAAAAGUUUAGAAAAAUGUAAAAAGCGAUUUAUUUAUUUGAAUUUACCAAGAGUCUGUUCUGUAACACGAAGGAGAUCACAAACUAACAUUUAAACUGAUGCACCCACAUGAUUGUCAUCACCACAGACUUGACUGAGUUCAGACUGGAUCCAAUAUAAAAACAUAUGCAGUGACUCGGAUCGUCUCUGGUGGCAAGCAGCUAAUAAAGACAAACAGUGUUGUGCUGCACCCCUUAUAUCCAAACCUUACAAAUUCAUCAUCUGAACGUUUAACCAGUAAAAUCUGUGACAUCAUUUACCUGGUCUGUCUGCUCCAGCUGAGUUAAAUACAGAAAUGCUUCCAGAUGUAAUUUUAAAAGUGAAAUACAGAUGUUGCAUGUAUGAGAUCCUUCUGCAUCUCUUAAUUACAACUUUGCAUCUCCAGAGUUAUUCUUUGGUGAAGACGAUGUGCCUCUGCACCAAACGGCCAAUAAAGGGAAGAAACAGGACCGUUUCCUGUUGAUUCAAUUUGCAUCUUGUAUUUCGUCAGUGUCGACGAUACAGAAAUAUCUUUUCAGUAGGUCCACUUAAGACCCUUAUGUUGUCUGCUAAUAGUUGUCUCCAAACUUAUAUUAGAGCUACAAGGCACUUGUGAAAAUGCUGCCUCCCACACACAUUACACUCUGUAAAAUAUUUAUAAUAUGAAUCAGAGAAGACUUGGCAGGAGAGCCAUAAGAAGAGGAAGACAAACACCUACAGAGCGGUUCAGGAAGGAAUCCUACAACCUGGAAACUAGUUUGCAUAGUUACACCUCUGGUUCCCUCGUCUCUCAGUCGACGGGGUUAUAGAUUGAUGUCUGUAGUUAACACAAGCGUAAUAGAUUCAAACAUUUCAUCAUAAAAGUGGUCAUUGGUAAAAAAAAUGAUCUUGCUGAACAAAACCUGUAAGUAUCAUAAUCAUUCAUAAUCAUGGUGUUUGACAUAGAUCUCAUUGUCUGAUAAUGGAUAAAUAAUAUUGGCUUUUAGUCGAGGGAACCAGUGAGACGCUGAUGUCCGGGGCCGGCCUUCAGAAACAUGUCUCCCUGCAUCAUUCUGUGUAUAACUCAACCUGAC